AUGAUUUUCUUUAAAAUUCCAAAUAAGUUCUUGCUUAUUUUGGUACCAAUAUUGUUUUCAUCUUAUGCCAUUGCACAAAAAUGUGAUGACUACCAAUGUGAUUCAAGCAUUUUAGGGACUAGAAUCCGAUUCCCAUUUCGAGAAGUCGAUCAUCAGCCUAAGUCUUGCGGCCACCCUGGAUUUGAUGUGCGUUGCAAAGGAACAAAUAUAACACUCGAGCUUCCAAACUCGAUCGUAUUCAAAAUCGAUAGAAUUUCUUAUGACGAUCAAUAUAUUGAUCUCAUCGACACCGAUGGUUGUUUGCCUUUGAAAAUUCUUUCUCUUGAUCUCUCAAACACUUCGUUUUAUUCCCUUUAUUAUCAAGAAUUCGCGAUAUUUAAUUGCUCUGGCUACUUUGAUGACAUGCAUUUUAACAACACUAUAAGCAACGAAUUGCGCAAAAUCGAUUGCCUUAGUGGUUUGAGCUAUACUGUUUAUGCAAUAAACCCUCUUUGGGCUGUUUCUCUAUUGUCGUCGACUUGUCAAUGGGUUUCAAAUGUUAGUGUUCCUGAUUUUUAUGGUGUCGAUUUUUCUGCAAUCUAUGAGGAUGAUUUUAGUUUUACACUUCAUUGGGAUGAACCACAGUGUGGACCGUGUGAGAAAAUAGACCGACGUUGUCGUGUUAGAGGAGAUACUACUCAUGGAAUCGAGUGCACUACGAAAUUACCUGGUUUGUUUCCAAGUUAUAACAAUGGGAAUUCAAGUAUCAAGGCUGUUGUACUUGCUUUAGCAAUUGGGUUGCCGCUGUUUCUGGUGGUUCUAUUCGUUUCCAUGGUGUGCAUUCGACGUCGAAUGCAGAGAAAUAACGAGUCAGCUACGGACAGUACAAUGAGGAGGCGGAAUCAUACAACCAUAGCAAUCAGCCAAUCCACAUUAGAUUCCUUUCCAACUGUUGUCAUUAAUGAAAGCGGACAAUUGGCCACUGCUGACGAUCAUAACUGUCCGAUAUGCUUUUUAGAAUACAAGAUCAAGGAUGUCUUGAAGAUCUUACCUCAUUGUCUUCAUCGCUUUCAUGUUGCUUGUAUUGAUCAAUGGCUUCUCCUAGAUGGUACAUGUCCAAUCUGUCGAGUCGCUCCCAUUUAAUCGAUCUCACUUUCAGCCUCUCAAGAUAUGGAGUGCUACUACGUUACUCAUGAUAUUAGUGUUAUGCAUAGAUCAAUCUUGUGCAGUGUAUGCUUUCAUUAUAAUAUGUAUGUAAAUUAUGGUGAAUUUUGUGACUACUAUACUUCAAAGAUUUGUAAUUAAAUCAGUGUUGGUGUGUAACGGGUUAAACAAACUCAUGAUAUAAAUAAGUUUUUUACACAUGUUCAAGCCACGGACCUAUGUAUAGUUAAGGUUACUCUUUGAAUUUAAAUACUUCGAGUUAUUACUUAAUAAAACCAUCAAAUCAAACUAAAUACUGUUUAA